GCUACACAUCCGUCGCCAUGUCAGCCCCUACAACCUCGGGUCCCGCUUCCUGCAAGGUGAUGCUGGCCAAGAAUGUCGCCAAUGGCCUGCUCAGCGAAGUCCAAGAAGGCGUCAAGACUCUCGACAAGGCGCCGCACUUGGUUGGCUUCCUGGCUAACAAUGACCCUGCGGCAUUGAUGUACGCGCAGUGGACCCAGAAGACCUGCGAGGAAAAUGGCUUCAAGUACACCCUCCACGAAGUCUCCCGCGACGAUAUCGAAGGUGCCAUCCUAGCCGCCAACACCGACAACGAUGUCGACGGCAUCAUCGUCUACUACCCGAUCUUCAACAACCGUCAGGACCAAUAUCUGCAGCAGAUUGUCGAUGUUUCCAAAGACGUUGAGGGUCUCAGCCAUCGCUACAUUUUCAACAUGUACCAAAACAUCCGCUUCCUGGAUCCCGAGACCAAGCGCCAGAAGUGCAUCCUGCCCUGCACCCCGCUGGCCAUCGUUAAGAUCCUCGAGUACCUCAAUAUCUACAACACUGUCCUGCCCUCCGGCAACCGUCUGUUCGGUCACACUGUCUGCGUUGUUAACCGAUCUGAGGUUGUUGGCCGCCCGCUGGCUGCACUGCUGGCUAAUGAUGGCGCCUGUGUGUACAGUGUUGAUAUCACUGGCGUACAAAAGUUUACUCGUGGUGAGGGGCUUAAGAAGCAUCGUCAUGAGAUUCAUGAGAUGGAGGGUGCCACGCUGAAGGAUGUUGCGCCACUUUGCGACGUUGUUAUCUCCGGUGUUCCUGGUGAUAAGUACAAGUUUGAUACCAGCCUGCUUCGUGAGGGUGCGGUGUGUGUCAACUUCUCGAGUGAGAAGAACUUCGGCCCUGAGGUCAAGGAGAAGGCCUCCAUCUUUGUUCCCUCGAUCGGCAAGGUUACUAUUGUUUGCCUGCUCCGCAAUCUUCUGAGACUCAACCAGAAUCGCCGGCUGGACGAUGUCAAGCCCGCUGCGGCUACGGAGCGUCCCGGCACUAUCGAGUCUAUUUAA